AUGGAGCUCCAAAACCGGAGCAAUAAUGGCGAAAAAGCAAACCCAGAAGAAGACCCUUCCCUCUUCGAAGAGGUCGACAGCACCUGCUCCACUCCCUACGUAAGUGCACCUUCCAGUCCAGGGCGGGGACCAGCCGGCGGCGGCUUCUUCUACAGCGCUCCGGCGAGCCCAAUGCACUUUACCAUCACCGCGGCUUCCACUUACUCACCCUCUUCUUCUUUCGAGAAAAGCGCCUCAUCCUGCGACUUCGAGUUCUCGGCCCGGUUCGGGUCGAGCGGGUUUAACGGGUCCGGUUCGAUGAGCUCCGCAGAUGAGUUGUUCUUGAAUGGUCAGAUCCGGCCCAUGAAGCUCUCAACCCACUUGGAGCGUCCGCAGGUCCUGGCCCCUUUGCUGGAUCUCGAGGAAGAAGAGGACAAAGGAAACGAGGAAGUUGAAACGCGUGUACGAGGUAGAGAUCUUAGAUUGCGCGAUAAGUCUCUCAGGAGAAGGACCAGAUCCCUGUCACCUCUGAGGAACACGCCUGUGGAGUGGACAGAGAACGAGGAUGCGGUGAGCGAAGAAAAAACGGACAAGAAGGAAAACGUGACCCCUUCCAGUGGAACAGGCAGGAGUUCCAAGAGAUGGGUUUUCUUGAGAGAUUUUCUGAGGAGCAAAAGCGAGGGAAGGAGCAACAACAAGUUCUGGUCCACUAUUUCCUUCUCUCCCGCCAAAGACAAAAAGGCCCAAAAUCAGGGAAAUGGGCCGCAGAAGUCCAAGAAGGUCACCGGAAAGACCACUAACGGCAUCGAAAAGAAGCGCAUACCCGCGUCCCCGCAUGAGUUGCAUUAUAAAGCAAACCGAGCGCAAGCAGAGGAGUUGAGAAGGAAAACAUUUUUGCCGUAUAAACAAGGCUUGCUUGGGUGCUUGGGAUUUAGCUCCAAAGGUUACGGUGCUAUGAGUGGCUUCGCUAGAGCCUUAAACCCUGUCUCUUCCAGGUAA